GCUGUCGCUUGUAAGAAAAAUGAAGCAGCUGGUCCAUCAGAAGAUGUUGUUGGGAAAAUGGCAAAAGAGAUGGAAGUAAAGCAGGGUAAGAGUGUGAAACCAAGUCAAGACGAUCAUGCAAAAAAGGGGAAGCCACAUGUUGGUAAGAAGAAGAAAGCAAAUGCUCAGCCAGUAGAUUUGCUUCCUUUUCUACAGCGAGAAGAGAAGAGGCCAAUACGACCUAGAAACCCUCCUAUACCUGUAACACCUGAGGUAAUCCUUCCAAUUGAUCCAUUUGUGACACCUGAAUUUCCUCGGUUUUCAAGGCUUGCACACUGGAUGGAUCUACGGGGCAUAUAUCGUGUACCGUUUUAUAUCAAUGGAAAAGAAAUUGAAAAAGAGUUCUUUCAAAAAAUGGACGAUGCAGAAAAAAAUCUCAACAAAGAGCACAUAAAUGUUGCAUUUGAAAUGCUAAAUUGUAAGAGGGUUGAGCAAGGUGCUUGGUUCCGCAACAACAAUCUUCCAGCAGCAUGCUUUGUACCAGUCAAAUUCUUAGAAGUGGUUGGGUACGCUUAUGAAUCUGUCAGGAAGCCACAUAAGAAAAAAAAAAGUUAUUGGAGGGCUGUGUAGGCGAACUUGUGAAAGGUUUAAUACAUCCAAAGAAGGUAUGGCUGGAAGAUGUUGAUGUUAUAUAUGGUGUCAUUGAAGAUAAGUUGAGCUGUCACUAUAUUGGGGUGGAGAUACAAUUGAUGGACAACACAAUCACACUCUUCCAUUGUGGUCUUCCAAAAGCAAAUAUCAAACGUGCUCUUAAUAAAAUCCAAGAACUGGCAGGUAAAAAUAUUAGCUAAUUUAGAAAAUAAAAGUUUGUCACUUGCUGCUUGUGAUUGUGAUGCAUUUUUACAUAUUCAUUUUGUUGUCUGUUGGUGAUUGAUUUAUUGUAUAAUUUUGGGUAUUUAUGACAGUGUUGAUUAGUGCCAUAAAGAUGGAACUUCUUGGUGAAGAGGUUAAUUUCGAAGAUAUCAGUCCAUUUGAAGUUAAGUUUGCAGAAGGGCUUCCAAAGACAAAAUUUCCAUACAACUGUGGUAUUUUUGUUGUGAAGAUGCUGGAAUGCAGGUCACUGGGAUUGAAGAGCAUGGCUAAUAUAAAUGAUGAAACUGCGAUGGACUUACGAAGCAAGCUAUGUUGUGAGAUCUUCGACCAGUUUAUGGAUAAAGAUUUCCAGGAAGGUCAAAGGAAGUGAAAAUGUCAUAUUUGUUCUGUUUUCUACACUGUUUUUCUACUUUGAUAUUAAUUAUCCCUAACGUUUAAGUUUAAGUUUGUAAUGAAUUAUCCCUAACGUUUUUUUCAUUUAGAUUGUUAUUGAAAAAUUUUUUAGGAUGUAUUGAUGAAUUGUCAAAUGCUUAUGGUACUUUUAGGAUGGGUUUCCAGAAAAAGAGUGAGAAAGCAAAAUGCACCAAAGCCUAGCAUAUUCCUUUAAAGUUUACAAAAAAAAUGAAAAAGAAAGUGAUCCGAUGUUGAUUGAACUCGUGAACUCUCGAAAGAUGAAUCAAAGUGUGCAGCCGCUGUGCCAAGGGUGUUAUACUUGCCAAAAGAUAUAAUAAAACGAUAAUAACUUGUAACUUUUGAAUAUUUAAUUAAAAACAGAAAAAAGUGAAAAUAUACACAACGGGAAUCGAACACGGCUUAUUGUGUGAUAAGGGUACACUAAGAGUAGAAGGGCUUGCCACUAGGCUAUGGUGGAUAUUCGAUAUCAGAGUAAAUGUGAACUUAUUUAUUCACAGACGAUAGAUUUAUAUGAUCUGGAUAUCAUUUUAAGUAUUCAGGAUAGCUUUCCAAAAACAAAUUCCUUUAAAGUUUACAAAAAAAAAAAUGAAAAAGAAUGUGAUCUGAUGUUGAUUGAACUCGUGAACUCUCGAUAGAUUAAUCCAAGUGUGCAGCCGUUGUACCAAGGGUCUUAUACUUGCCAAAAGCUACAAUAAAACGAAAAUAACGUUUGAAUAUUUAAUUAAAAACAAAAAAAAAUGUGAGUAUACACAACGGGGAUCGAACACGACUUAUUGUGUGAUAAGGGUACACUAAGAGUAGAAGGGCUUGCCACUAGGCUACGUUGGAUAUUCGAUAACAGAGUAAAUGUGAACUCAUUUAUUCACAGACGAUAGAUUUAUAUAAUCUGGAUAUCAUUUUAUGUAUUCAGGAUGGCUUUCCAAAAACAAAUAAGCAAAUCAGAUAACCAAGUUAUAAGAACACUAGGCCAAACCAUUACAAAAUAGUGAAAAACAUUGAACAAGUUUUUUAUUUAGGUUGUUAAUUGAAGAAACAACACAAGAGAAACAAAAGUGCUUAUUCAUUUAAAAUAAAAACUGAAAAUCAAACAUAAUGUGGUCCUUAAAAACAUAAAAA